GCAAUGCAGAGCGCAUGUUCAUAAGGGGACAAAUCAACAGCAAGAGAAGGAAGAUUUUUUUCAUCUGCUCUAUUAUAUAGCGAUACAUCAUAACAACCCAUCCUCAUAUCUAAUGUGACUGAGGUCACUCGGCACACGGCGCCUAAAUGGAAGUAUUGCAGGUCGCACUUUAACCCCUCACAUUGGGACUGCUCUUUUUUGUAUCUAAAAUACAGGGCGAUGGACAUUCAGAAUCCGCACACCUUUUCGGAAACAGGACUGCUAUACAGAUUGGCUCACAUAAUGCACUCUGGUCAUAACCGGCAAAGACCUCCAGAGUUCAACCGGCGUCACUGUAGAACAAAGAACAUGAACAACUCUCUGUGGCCUUUGGCUGAACAAAACAUGAACAACUGCAACAACAACGACGGCAAACAAAACGACAAGAAAGAAGAACCCACAAAAGACAAGAAAGACGAGAAGAAGGAAGAUCCAAAGAAAGAUGACAAGGAAAAGAAAGACGAGAAGAAGGAAGAUCCAAAGAAAGAUGACAAGGAAAAGAAAGACGAUAAAAAAGAUGACAAGAAAGACGAUAAAAAAGAUGACAAGAAGGAUGAUAAAAAGGAAGAACAAAAAGAGGUGUGGAUCAUGGACCCUGCCACGGAUACAUACUAUUACUGGUUAGGCACUAUCUCCAUCCCGGUCUUCUAUAAUCUGAUGUUCCUGGUGGCCAGGUCCUGCUUCAACGAGCUGCAGAACACUAACAUAGUGUUGUGGAUGGUGUUAGACUACGCCUCAGAUGUCCUCUACUGUGCAGACACUUUUGUGCGAGCAAGAACAGGUUUCUUGGAGCAAGGGCUGCUUGUUCGGGAUCCAAAGGUACUGAAGGAAAAGUACAUGAAAACACGCCAGUUCCAACUGGACAUUGUAUCCAUGAUUCCCACUGAUGUUGUCUUUUUCCAAAUUGGAGUCAACAAUCCAGAAUGGAGGUUCAAUCGCCUCUUUAGGUUGGCUCGGCUUUUUGAAUUUUUUGACAGAACUGAGACUCGCACCAACUUCCCAAAUAUUUUUCGAAUUGGUAAUCUUGUACUUUACAUCAUCAUAAUUAUCCACUGGAAUGCUUGCCUCUAUUUUGCAAUCUCCAAGGUUCUGGGAUUUGGAUCGGACACAUGGGUUUAUCCUGGAACAAAAAAUGCUGAGUUCCAACGUCUCACCAUGCAGUACAUAUACUGCUUCUAUUGGUCCACAUUGACCCUGACCACCAUUGGGGAGACACCACCUCCAGUUCGUGACAUCGAGUACUUCUUUGUUGUGGCCGACUUUCUCACUGGGGUUUUGAUAUUUGCUACAAUUGUAGGCAAUGUUGGUGCCAUGAUAUCUAACAUGAACGCCGCUCGUGUGGAGUUCCAGGCCAAGAUAGAUUCUAUCAAGCAAUACAUGCAGUUUCGGAAGGUCACCAAAGACCUGGAAAUCAGAGUGGUCAAGUGGUUCGAUUACUUGUGGACGGAGAAGAAAACUUGCGAUGAAAAGCAGGUGCUUAAAAACCUUCCAGAUAAGCUCAAGGCCGAGAUCGCCAUCAACGUUCAUCUGGAAACACUGAGUAAAGUACGCAUUUUUCAAGACUGUGAGGCAGGUUUGCUUGUUGAGUUAGUCCUCAAAUUGCAACCCCAAGUUUUUAGUCCGGGUGACUACAUUUGUAAAAAGGGGGACAUUGGAAGGGAAAUGUACAUUAUUAAGGAAGGUAAGCUAGCGGUUGUGGCGGAUGAUGGGGUGACCCAGUUCGUGGUCCUUAGUGAUGGCGCUUACUUUGGAGAGAUCAGCAUUUUGGGCAUCAAGGGGAGUAAGGCUGGAAAUCGAAGAACAGCCAACAUUCGAAGUGUGGGCUACUCAGACCUAUUUGCCUUAUCUAAAGACGACCUGAUGGAGGCGCUCACCGAGUACCCUGACGCUAAGAACGCUCUGGAAGAAAAAGGUCGGGCCAUUCUGAUGAAGGACAACCUCAUAGAUGAGUCACUUGUCACAGCGAGAGACGCCAAAGAUUUAGAAGAAAAAGUGAACGGAGUUGAGGCUAGCUUGGAUGUCAUGACGCUCAAAUUUAAAAAGCUGACAGGACAUUACGAAUCGUCUCAGCGCAAAAUCAAACAACGACUUACUAAUUUGACAAAUCAAGUCACAAUCCUCAGUCGCUGAUGACUAGCAUGCGAUUGGGAAUUGGUCUUCUUAGCAAUUCUUCUUCAGAUGGGUUCUGUCUUGGAGAUAGUCAUCUUCAGUUUGCUAUGUUAAUAAAGACUAUCAUUUUAAUAUGCACAUGACAAGCUUGUUUUCUUAACUCGCUCGAGACAGAUGGCCACCCCACACCGCCUGGGUUUUAUCUGAGGUUUUUUUUCUCAUUGUGGGAGAGUUUCCUUGCCCUCUGUCGCCAAGUGCUAGAUCAUGUGGGUUUCAGUUGGGUCUUUCAUUUUGUUGGUCACGGCACAGGUCUGGGACCAGACAACUCUGCUCCUUUUGGAAGGUUGAUCACUUGAGCAAAAUGUGUGCUUGUGAAGUUUUGACAUGUUCCAAAUAAAAAUUAAAUUGAAACACGACACAUUAUGCAAACUAUGUAUUCUCAUAUGUAUAUGUACACACACAUCUAUGAAUCAUCAACAUUUUCUGGGAGGGGCAUCAUACACUGCAAGUUCUUGCUACAGGGUGAUCAACAAGACAGCCUGCAGCGUUUGCUUUGUUUAGUGCGCAAGAAGAGGUGAGAGUUGGGGCAGGACAACGCCGUGCUGGAGCAACCUUACUCACCUGACCUGGCACCACGUGAUUUUUCUCCUCUUUUCCAAAUUCAAAGGAGUCAUCAAGAGGAUCCGUUUUGGAGUGUCGGACAACAUGAAGAUUGCCGUGACAAAGGAGCUGCGGAGAAUCCCUGAAAAUUGUUCCACGUGUGAAGGUGUGGCAGCGAAGACUGGGGAAGUGCUAGACUCUAGGGUGGAAAGUUUACUUUGUAUUUGAAAUAUAUUUUAAUUGACAAACUCAAAUGUUGCCGUACUUCUGAGUGUGGAUGUAUUUAAGCACUCACAUGACUAAAAGCA